GAAGAGGGAAGCAGUUCUCACAAGCUGAUUGCAGCACUUUGAGUGUGAAUAGAAAAAAUGGUUCAUUAUGCAGCUAUUUUAAAAAUCUGCGUGCGGCAACUCUCAAACUGAACUGACGAAGAAACGACAGCCAAAGUUCAGUGUCAGGGAGAAUUCCUGUUCACUGUAGCCUGUGUGAAAACUAAAACUACCACCUUAUUUUGUCAAAAAUAAAUUCUAAUCAAAUCGAUGCAUUAAAAAGAAUUGAGACCGACUAUACGCUGCAUUUCAAACAUUUCACGAAUUCAAACUUUGGUUUGCCGUGUGGAUUCAGGAUUGCACCUGGCUGUACAGGCAGGCUGCUUACCCUCAUAUUUAACAUUAAGGACAAAAACGAAAACAUGAAUAAAUAGAAAAUUGUGGAGCGGGGGAGGGGUAGGAAACCUGGAAAUAGUGUGAUUUUAUCUGAAGAGAAAACCUGUUUUGCCUGUAGUUCAUACCUACCUACUCUUAUCUGUAAAUCCCUCCCCUGGAUCUGGGGGUAACUCUCUAUUAAGAUUUUUAGUUCUAUUAGUUGGCAUAAGACGUGCUCUAGCUCUGAGACAGAAUGGCGUCUGGAUCUUCUCCCCUGGAAGAGGAGCUCUCCUGUCCUGUGUGCUCUGAAAUCUUCAGGGAUCCUGUUCUUCUGAAUUGCAGUCACAGCUUCUGUAAGGCCUGUCUGCAGCAGUACUGGGAACAGAAGGGAUCUCAGGAGUGCCCAGUGUGCCGGAGAAGAUCUUCUAUGGAUCCACCUCCCUAUAACCUGUCUCUGAGGAAUGCCUGUGAGGCAUUCUUAAAGGAGAGAAGUCAGAGAGCUAAAGCAGGAUCUGAAGUGCUCUGCAGUCUGCACAGUCAGACACUCACAAUCUUCUGUUUGGAGGAUCAAAUACCCGUCUGCCUUGUCUGCCAAACUUCAAGAAAACAUGAAAACCACAAAAUGCGACGAGUUCAGGAGGCUGCAGAAGAGUAUAAGGAGAAACUCAGGACUGCACUGGCUCCACUGCAGGAGAAGCUAAAAUCCUAUAAUGCAGUGAAACUAAUCUGUGAUCAAACAGCAGAGCACAUCAAGAGCCAGGCCCAGCACACAGAGAGACAGAUAAAGGUGGAGUUUGAGAAACUUCAGCAGUUCCUAAAAGAUGAAGAGGCAGCCAGGAUCACUGCACUGAGGGAGGAAGAGAUGCAGAAGAGUCAGAUGAUGAAGGAGAAGAUUGAGAAGAUGACAGAAGAGAUAUCAUCCCUUUCAGAACAAAUCAGAGCCAUAGAACAGGAGCUGGGAGCUGAAGACGUCUCAUUCCUGCAGGUAAAUCCUAUGUCUCCUGAAUAUUAUUGCAGAGCCCAGUGCACACUGGCGGAUCCAGAGAAGGUCUCAGGAGCGCUGAUUGAUGUGGCCAAGCACCUGGGCAAUCUGAAGUACAGAGUGUGGGAGAAGAUGCUGGGGACUGUUCAAUAUACUCCUGUGACUCUGGACCCAAACACAGCACAUCCCAUCCUCUCACUGUCUGAGGAUCUGACCAGUGUGAGAUACAGUGGUGAGAGUCAGCAGGUUCCUGAUAAUCCAGAGAGAUUUGAUGGGUGGCAGUGGUGUGUGCUGGGCUCUGAGGGAUUCAGCUCAGGGAGACACUGCUGGGAUGUAGAGGUGGGGGAUGGAGAUUUCUGGAUGGUGGGUGUAGCUAAAGAGUCCGUCAGCAGGAAAGGGUUUGUGGAUCUGAGCUCAGCAGGAGGAGUGUGGGGUAUAGGGCUGCUGACAGGGGAAUACAAAGCCCUGACUUCCCCACGUACAGCCCUCACUGUGCAGGAGAAACCCCAGAGGGUCAGAGUGCAGCUGGACUGGGACAGGGGGGAGGUGUCAUUCUCUGACCCCAGUGACAACACUCCUCUCUACACUUUUAAACACUCCUUCACUGAGAGAGUGUUUCCAUUCUUCUGGCCUAUUUCUCUGCAGAUCUGUCCACUGAAGGUGUCUAUUAGAGUGAAAUAGUGCUGUGGUUUGUGGGCAAU